UAAAAGCGCCUCACUUCCCCUUUCCUUCCAGAAUAACAUAGCAUAGGGAAGCAUGCUAAUGUUAAAAGAGUCCUAACCGAUUUUAAUUCAAUUCAAUACUGAGUUCAAAACUUUACCGAAGCUCUUUCCCAAACUUUAAUUGGAGCAACGCUUAAGAAACAAACGUCACACCUCCCUCAAAAAGAAGAAAUAUUUCAAGCAUGCCGUUUAUAAUUCUGGUGUUUUUACUUGAGUUAGUUUCACUGUCUUAUGCACAUUUGAAUAUUUCCAAUCUAAAUUGCUUCAAUGACUAUGAAUGCACAAUGGUUUGCGAGUUCACCUCUGAAAUGCUUCUCAACUGUAGUGCCUACAGCGUAGACUUUGUGUCAGAAGAUCAGGAGCAUUUCAUGUGUGCAUUCGUGAACAGCAGCAGAGACUCUUUGUACAGAUGUGGAUGUACAGUUGAAAUGCCUUUGAUGGUAAACGAACAAAAAUACACCAGAAACCUUCUGGAAGGACGGAGGGUCAUAAAUACAAUGACUAUCACCGCGCUUGACAACAUCAAGCCUAGAGCUCCUGAGAUACUGUCUGUGGCACGAACGGAGAAUGGGAAUUACAACAUCCUGUGCGACCUGCGCUACAAUGAGAGCAGCUUCCUGUAUGCCAGGCUGGAGAUUCAGCUGAGCUACAGAAAGAAAGGAGAAGCAGACGCGUCUUGGAGGACCAUCAAUGCCACAUUGCCAUCCCAGGAAAUACCAGGCGGUGAUUUAGAGCCCAACAGCAAAUACAUUGUGAAGGCUAGAUCACACUCCCCCGAUUACAACACCCAGUUCAGUGACUGGAGCCGGGAGUUGGAGUGGACUGUUCCUGCCUCAGUGCAGAGUGUGUGGAAGACCAUCAUCCCUGUGCUUUCUGUGCUCCUCGUCAUAAUCAUCUGUGCUUCCUAUCAGUGCUGGACUCGACUCAAGACCCAGUGGUGGGACAGAAUUCCUUCCCCCGAGAACGACAUAAAGUACAUGCUUCCGGGGAAUCCCAAGGUUUUUGCCCCAAAGCUUUAUGACCCUUGGUCCAUCCAGCCUGAUGCACUGACCGUUGCCAACGCGGAGGAAAAGUCACGUGAUCCUCCAGAGAGUUCGGAAUGUGACCAAGAUGAUCUGUAUAAAAACGUCGGCAUCCUCCAGCCGGCGGCAGACAGCGCGAACAGUCGGGCGGGGCCGGGAGGCUCUGCGGACUCCCGCGGUUCCUCUCAGCACGGUUACAGGAACGUCCUGUGCCUCAGGUCACCUGGCACGCCCCCCCCGGAGCCCGCGGGCUGCGAGACCCCCAGCCCCGCCGCCCUGCCCGGGCCAGACGCCGACCCCUGCCUGGUCUGCAGCGACCCCGGUCUGCUGGUGACCCCCGAUCUGCUCACGCACUUGCAGAGAAAACUGCACGCCCCUGAUUCGCUCACAGAAGCUCCCAGCGUGUCCACAGACUUUGAGUACCGGUCGUGUAACGGCGGCAAUACCAACGCUCCUCCAGCAGAGGGCGCCGAUCUGUCCUCCUCCUUCAAAGGAGAUACCUUAGAGACUUUGCUGCAGAACACCUGUGCGCUCACCUGCGUGCUUCCCUGCCGAGCAGAUGAUGGAUACGAGUCCUUUGGUGAAGCUGUUGCCAGAAGUUCUCAGGUCCAGGCUAAUUUCCCAGCAUGCACUCUGGGCCCCUGUGAAGAAGGCUAUCAGAUGCUCCGGACCGUGGAUGAACACAUAGAACACCAGUUUUUAGCACCAGGCAAAACAGAUUUGGAGGCAUCGUCAGUGGAAGGUCCGGAAAGCUGCACCGGACAAGAUCAGAACCUCCCGCAGAUUCCCAAAGGGGGAAUUCCACAUUCCGUCAUUCCCUGCCAUUUCCUGUCCCAAUGUACGCCAAAAAGUAGCAUGGAAAGUUCCCCUCAUUCUGCUUUGAAUACUCCUCCUGUUAUUCAAACUAUCAUUGAAAGCUCCUACCAGAGAGUAUAACACUGCAGUUUUCUGCUCAUGUUUAACUGUUCUCUGUAAGCUGGUUACUGAUUAACUCAUAGAGGUGACUCAAAUCAGCUCUGGAGCUUCAAGAUUAGGCUCAAAAAUGGAAGGGGACUCUAGUUUGAUUUAGAUUUUAUACAAACCUAGAGUCAGGAAACAGUUGAAAAACACUCAUCCAAACCCAGAGCAAAGCAAAAGUGCUGCGCCAUCUUUACGUGUAUACUUUUCAUCAUCUUUUUAGGGCGUUAAGGUUUGCAGGGUGGUAGAGAAUAUGUUUUCAUUGUAACACUUUUCACUGACGAGCUAGACUUUUUGUUAUGGUCUGAACCUCUCUAUGCUAUGACCCACACCCACACAAAAAAAGUUAGUCCACUCCUGCGAUGUGAGAAUUAUACAGUAUCUAAGAUUAGGCCUUUCCUCUCUGUGGUUCAUACUGAGAAGGUCAGACAGCGUUUAAUUCUCAGCGUGAUUGCAAUUCUCUGAACUCAUUCCUGAGCCAAACUGCCUUACCCCAUCUGCAGCGAGCUCAAAAUUCACCAGCUAGGGUUCUUACCAAAAUAACCACACUGCCUUACAGUUUCUUUUAGAGUUUAUUUCAAAAGUUUGCACAGCACUUUUAAGGCAGUGCUUCCUCUGGCCGCACAUUGUCGAACCCCUAAAAGCACACACCCCUCCACACACUCCCUUACAGCCUCAAAUAAAGACCCGUCACUGUCUCAGCCACUGAUUUUUUUAAAAAGAGGAGACAUGGCAUUUGUAGCCAGGGCUCUGAGAUUUUCCAUGUUUUAUCCAGGCCUCUGAGUUCGAUGUACUUGAAAUUUGCUUUCAACAAUGAUGAAACUAUGUCAGCUGGAUUUCUGUUUUAUUCAAUGUUUAUUGUCUAUAUUCGGUUUUCUUCUUAAUCUUCUUAAUAAUUUUUUUGUGUGUAAACCGCUCUGUGUGGUAUGUAACAGCUCUGCGGGUGAGGGUUAUUGUUUUAUGAUAAAAAAGCGAAACAGCAGUGACCUGCGGAUUUUUGCUUGUUCCACAGUCUCGUAUUUUUCUGCAAACUCAAAUGUCAGACUGGCCCACAAUUUACGAAAUGGGAGGUCACUCACACAGCCUAGAAGUCACACCAAAAGGUACCAGAUGUCCUUCCUCCCAAGAGCAUACAAGCUCCACAAGCAGUAACACAAACUCUCAUUGUUUACUUCAACUUAGAGUGCAUGAUUUCCUGAAAAAACUUAAAGUACAAUAAAGGGUGGGGGUGGGGGGGAAUCUAUCAUGUAGCUCUACUGCGUGCUGUUAAUUUAUUUUAUUGUGUUAUUUUCAGUUAUUAUGCCAGAGCGGUCCUCAACAACUUGUAAAAAGCAUCUUAAUUCAUAUUUGUAUGCAAUGAUGUUUUCAAAUAAAUCUGAAUCUGAAUGAGGUAAAAUCUGUGAACUGCACCUUUCCUCUGAGGGUGGCGAACGCGGGGUUGCUGGGUGGCGCAUUCGGUAAAGGUGGCGCUGGCGGUGCGUGAGCGAGCCCCGCAGUCUCAGAUCAGAUCAGAUCCCGCCUGUGCCCGUGCCCGUGCCAGCUGUGACCCCGCAGGGGCGCCGCACGCUUGGGUUCGCGUCUCCUGAGGGGUAAUACGGGAGGGAUUAGCGGUCAGGGAUUAGCAGCGCUCAUUGCUCGCGUGACCGCUGCCGUCCGUCUGGCUGUCUCUCAGGGCACGCGUAUGAUUGGGUCUCCUCCGCUCCCGCUCUGAGGCCUGUGUGGCCUGAGGCUGCGGUGCUGAACAGAAGCAGCGGGCUGGCAGUGCAUGUUUCGGAGGGGAACCUCUCGAGCCGUCAGCGGGGUGCAUAUAUACGGGACCGCUGGUACAUAGUGUGUGAGGCCGAUAAUGUUGCACCAGCGGCAACAGGUGCAGCGUGAUUAGCAAAGUGUGGAGUACAGAGUAAAGUACGGAGUAAAGUAACGUGAAGCAAAAUAUUGACUCAAGUGUUUAGUAAAAUGUGAGGUAUGGAAUAAGUAAGUAUGGAAUAAAUGUGGCUUGAUGUAUGGAGUAUUGAUUAAAGUUAGGAGGAUUGUAUGGAGUAAAGUAUGCAGUGAAGCAUGUAGUAACGCAUGAAGUAAAGUAUAAAAUGUGGAGUUAAGUGUGGAAUGGAGUGUCACGUAUUGAAUAAACUGGCAUUAAAUAUCAAGAGCAAAGUGGCGUAAAGUACUCAGUAUAAAGUAUUACGCUGAAUGAAGCGAUAUUUAUUGAGACUAAUGGGAAUUCCACUUUGGCACCCCCCCCCCCAUUGAGAAGCAGAGCUGAAAGGUGGCUGCUGGGGGUGGGAGCACAAAAACUUUUCUGAAAGGCAAAAACACAAGAGCAAAUUACUUUUGGCUUUUUGCAAUUGUUUUUCCACAAGAAAGACCAGCUCACACAAAGCAAUGCAGCAAUGCGACAAUUAUGCAAAUCGCUGGCAUUUCAAUCCUUUCGAGCCACUGUGCACCACGUAGUCACGGAAAUCCAAGGCAGUAAUUAACCUUACCUGAAUCUGCUAAGUGAUUGUAAUGCAAGGGCGUCAGGCAAGUGUUGAAGAAUGGCAACAAAAAAAAAAAGUAGGCAAAAAGAACUGGUCUUGACUCGUACUCCCAGCAAGAUAAUUAAUCCAAAUUGCCGGGCAAGAAGUGUUUCUAAAGGCCUUCCUGAUUCUUUUUCUCAGCAUGGCAGCAGACAUGGUUUUUAAUGGAUGAAACUCUGUCGGUUUAUUUCUGUAGUCUCUCCAUAACACUGUCUGUAGGGGGUAAAGCUAAAAGUUGGAAAAGGUGGUUGCCUGUCAAUCUUCCAUCUGAUGUCAGUCAUUAAAAGGUCUUGCACAGGUUGGUCCUUGUCCAACUUUAGAAGACAAUCAAAUCAUUAACUGUGAGAAUCCAUCAUCUGGUAAAAAAAUAAA